AUGCCGGACAACAAUCAUAUUCUGCCAUGGCUCACUUCAUUUGCAGACAACAUUCAAUCCCAUCAGAUGCAGCCGUCUGGUCCGUUUGCUGUGACAUCUAACAUGGGACCGCCCAAGGGCAGUGAGGCUCCAGUACCAGUAUCCAAAGGCUUGGCAAAGUCGACAUCCACAUGGCUUCCAAAGAAGGGUGCCUCAAUUUCUCGGCAUGUCGAUCGUGGAGCGGACCGAAUCUCUCAGUUCAUAAGCAAAGACGAUCAUUCUGACCAUCAGGGGUGGGAGGAGGCCAUCGCAGACCCACAAGACCCAGAAUCAGAACCUCCAAAGAUUGGUUCCGAGAAUGUCCUGGAGGCUCUUCCGAGCGUUGUACCAGACGAAUUCUGCGGCAUCUACGUGUACGGAAUCGACGAAGAGGAACGCCAGAAGCGAGCCAACCAGUCGAUUUGUGAUAUCGAGACAACUUUCACGCCGACACUGGCUGUUUGCCAAAGCAUCGAGUACAAGGUGCCCAGCCUAUACAAGCGAGAGUCUCGAACCAGCCAAGGCUGCAUAGUCAGGCUGGUAGAGAAUGAGGCGCUGUUUAUCAUCGACCGGAGGAAGCCACUUCCCAUGCAUGUCUCGCGUCCUUUGUUCCAAUUGACCGCAACUGGCUCUCUGCUCUUGAUUGCAGCGUUAAGCAAUGGGGCAGUACUCAAUCAACGUGCCGGAGAGACAGGAACCGUAGAGCCAUACCUUGCACCUGGUUGUCAGAUCACCGACGUGGCCACGGGUCUCUUCUGCGACUUUCCAUCCAUGUCACUCACGAACAGUGUCUGCCAAGAUGUAACCUAUCAAUGCAGCAUCCAUCCGCCAACUUCAUUCACUGCGGCUCUGGAUGCUCCUACCACAUCCAACUGCCAUGUGGCCGUCUUCGCCAAUUUCGGAUGCACAGGUGAUGAAGUGGAUGGUAGUCGGCUGGGAACCACUCCGAGUUCUUGUGUCGAAGCGCCCUUCUUUGGGAAAAUUGUUGACGGCGGUGUGCUGAGUGGUGGCAGUCUUUUGCCUUUCGGGUUCAAGAGCUUGAAGCUUGUAUGCAAUUAG